AUUCAGGGGCUAAAGCUGUUAAAUUUAUUACAUGACUUAAUGGAAAGUUUGAAGUUCAUAAUCUGCACUAGAAAAUAAGUAUUUUCAGCUAAGAAAAUACUCUUCUGAAUUCAUUUCCUCAGGAUAUACAGGCUGCAUUAUUGUUGGUAUCUUUUUUUUUUUUUUCCAAAUUUAAUCUAAUUUUUUUUUAAUUGUUUUAUUCACUUCUUAUUUUUCAGGAGUCUUUGAAAAAGCCUUAGUGGUCAUGACAUUGUUACAAGUGACAUAAAUUAGCCAGUGGCUCAGGAUGAUGGAUACCCAGAAGACUACAAAUGGUUUGCAAGUGAUUGGAGAAGGGACUGGUAUAGGGAAAUCGACACUCCACAUGGUGGGGUAUUUGGGAAAAAACUGUAAUCCCGUGGAAGCAUCUGCACAUGAGCAUUGUCCAGUCUGCAAAGAGAAGGGCCAGAUCCAAGUUUUACGGACUUACCGCAUUAAUUUUCAAGAGUCCAUUUUUCUUUGUGGAAAUCCUCAGUGUAUCUACCCUCUUGGUUAUAAACCGUUAAACAGCAUAAUUACUUCUGCUGAUUCAGAAAAUCAUCAAGUUCCACCUACUGAUAAGAAAAGGAAAUUGUGUGGCAUCAGUGACUUUUUUCCUGUUGAAUCACAUCCAAAAAAAGCAAGAACUAAUAAUGUGGCAAAUGGUGUGCACAGUAUUAAUACAGACCCUGUUGUCAAAAGCUGUCAAAAUGGUUUAUGUCUUCCCAAGUCAAGCCUACAUGACAUGUUACAAAAUGACCCACAAAAACCUAGUAUCAAUGGGGAGGUGUGCACGCAGAAGGUGAAUUUUGAAACAACCACAAACACCAACAACUCUAAAGAAAGUUCACCUUGUACUAGUCCUGGAGCUCAACUCUUGCCGAAUUCUGAACUUUCUUCAACAACAUCUGAAAUUUUGCUCAACGGUGAUAAAGGUUCCACUAAUAACACAGAUUUAUGUCUUCAGUGGAGAAAUGUGCAUAACCUUUGUUGGUUAGAUUGUAUUUUGUCAGCACUGGUACACUUAGAAACAUUAAAAUUUCCUCUAGCAGAAGACUAUAAUGAUGGAAAAUGUUUAGUCCAGGAACUCUUCACAAAAUAUAAUGAAGCAACUGUGCUUCUGAAUACCUGUAAAAGGAGUAAAGUAAAAGAUGUUCUCCCAAAAGCAGAAUCUAAUCUCAAUGAAAUCAGAAACAGAAUGUUUGCACAGCUUCAGACUCGGCUUAGAUGUGAAGUUGGUAAGAAGGAGAGUCCAGUGUUUGCACUGCCUCUGCUUUUACAGCUGGAUCAACAAGCUGAGAAACUAUUCUUGCAUUCAUUUUCAUGGAAGUUUGAAUGUGUAUGCUGUGGCUACAAAUACCAGAACCGAUUAAGGAAAACACUAACAACAUUCACAAAUAUAAUCCCUGAUUGGCACCCACUCAAUGCUAUCCAUGUUGGACCAUGUAAUAACUGUAGUGAUAAAUCUCAAAGAAGACAGAUGAUUUUGGAAAAAGUACCCUCAAUAUUAAUGUUACAUUUCGUAGAAGGCUUGCCACAUAACAACCUGGAGAGCUAUUCAUUUCAGUUUGAAGAAAACACCUACAAAAUAACAUCUGUUGUUCAGUAUCAAACAGAUAAGCAACAUUUCAUAACCUGGUCUUUGAAUUCUGAUGGAAGUUGGCUUGAAUGUGAUGAUUUAAAGGGGCCAUACUGCAAGAGGCAUAUAAGUUUUGAAGUUCCUCCUUCAGAGAUUCAUAUUGCUAUCUGGGAAAGGAAAACAUCACAUGUGCCAGAAGAAGCGAAUUCACAGUUCAAGAAUAGAAACAUUGAAGAUUUUCCUUUUAAUAAUGUACAGUCAAAUUCCACAGUGUUGCACAGUGAUUCUGGUAACACUGUAGACAAAACACAUGCAGAACAUCUCAAAGAGGAUUCUGCAAGGAAUCCAGGUGAGAAACAGCAGCAGGUAGCUGAGGAUGAAAGUAUUGUGCCAGAUUUUCUAAACCAUGAGGAACGUGAUGGUCUUGCAACACUGAUGCUUGAAGAAAUUCAAGUUAACUCAGAAGGUAAAUCACUGCCGAAUGGACAGGUGGUGGGAAAUAAUCCUGUUGUUGAAAUGGGCACACCCCAAAAGCAGGAAUUAGAUCUUUCACCUAACACUCUGUGUACAGGAGGGUUUGCUGGAACUAGGCUAGCUAUGACCAAUAAUUGCAUGUUAUAUGAAGAUUCCAGCAUCUGCUUAUCUCUAGAAAAGUUGAACUCAACAAAUAUUACUCCUCCUGUGCCCAAAACCCACCACCCUGACCCAUCUGACUCACUUGCUCAAAGAACAGAUGGCAGAACUAAUUUGCAUGGAGGAUUAAAUUCAGAACUACAGCUAAACAAGAAGUUGUCGCCAGUAGAGAAUAUACAAAAAUCACCCGACUUAAAAGAUGCAAACAAUACUGUAAUGAAUUCUCAGGUCGCUGGUUCUGCUGCUGCCAAUAAUUCCUUUCAGCCUUCACACAAAGACCAAAAAAGAGGAUUUGUAGGAAGCUGGGUAAAGAAAUUAUUAAACAAGAAUAGUUCUUUUAUGCCUUUGAGUGCCUCAGCUCUCAAGAAUGGGAGAAGUUGCAAAACUCCCUCAAUGCAAAAAAUAAGUGAGGUGCGGUUGCCAGCUAAGGGGGCAAGUAACUUUGGUGGAUUUCAAAGCAGAGGUACAAACAAAACCACAGAGGCCCUGAAGGCAGUGGUUCCUCAGAGCAAUAAUACUCAUCCUUUAUCAGCUUUCAGAGGAUUUUCUCAAAGCACUCGUCUUCCAACAGCAAGUCAUACCACUACUGAAGGCCCAACUUGGACUAAGUCAGGAAAUACUUUAGGUACCUCAGGUAAAACGACUCAGUUCCAUUCACAUAGCCAUAACUCUGGGAAGGCAAAGGAGUCAGAUUCUGACCAAACAAAAAAACUUCGGCUAAAACUGUUAAGAAAACUUAAUGCUAAAAAGAAGAAGUUGGCUUCAUUAGAUAGGCUGGCAGUGGAACAGGUGAAACAUGGAAAACUUGUGAAUGGAGAUGUAAGCACUGCACCACAGACUGAAUCUCACAAUGACAGUGAAUUAUUGCAGAGCUUUUUAAGGGAGCUGCAGUGUCAGAUUGAUGCUGCAGAGAGUGAAUCCGAAUUCAGCACAAACUCUGUAUCAGGGUGCACUGGUAAUGAUGAAAUACUGGCAGAGUUACUGUCCCCUUCUUCAACAGUUGCUUCUUUAGAGGCUCCAAAAAGUGAGGAUGAAUGUAUGUAUAUGGAAAUGGUGGAUAGCAGUGUUCCAACAACAGCGUCUGAUGAGAAGACCAGUGUGCCACAUGCAACGGUGACAAGUGGGGAUCAUAAUUAUUACAGUCCUGUAAAGGACAGUAAUUCAGAACUUCAUACAGUAAGCAAAUCCAGUGUGAAAAAACUUGCUUUUGAAAGUCCUACAAGGGAGGACAUCCUUGAAGACUUGUUCUCCAUUUCAGCACCGAGCUCAAUGGCAGGUGACAUAGACUUACCUCAUUUUGAUGAAACUUUGUUUGAAACGUGGUAAAUAUUCGGUUUUUUGGGUUUGAGUAUUUUUCAUUAUUAUGUAUAUUUUGAAACAAAGCACUAUUAAAUUAUAUUUUCUAACUAGUUUAAUUGCA